GCCAAACCUUCUCACCCCAAAAAAAUCAAGUAAAGGGUUAACGAAUUAUGUUUCGAGGCAAAUUUCAACAGCAACGUCUCUCGAUUUUGUUCAGCUGCGGGAAGUCCCCUUUGGAGCUAUGGGACAUGCACGUGAAGAACGGCAACAUCAGACGAGUUGUAGACGAAGAAGUGGUCUCUCUGGCCCUGGAGAUAAUCGGAACCAACGUCUCCACGACGUACAUAUACUCCCCGAAGAACCCCAGAGGCGCCCUCGGAAUUUGCCUUCCGUUCAUGAUCAUGAUUAUCAAGAAUAUGAAGCGAUAUUUCACUUUUGAAAUCACCAUACUUGACGAUCAGAACAUGCACCGUCGAUUUCGAGCGAGCAAUUUCCAGACUGUAACCCGGGUCAAACCCUUUAGCACAUCCAUGCCAAUAUGUCUCGGCCCAGGUUGGAACCAGGUUCAGUUCAACCUCGCCGAGUUCACACGACGAGCGUACGGAACUAAGUACGUCGAAACGACGAGAAUGCAGAUUCAUGCGAAUUGCAGACUCCGUCGCGUGUACUUCUCGGACAGAUUGUACACCGAGGACGAGUUACCGGAGGAAUACACGCUGCAAUUCCCCUCGAACAAGCCGGAGGGGGCUGAACGAGGGUCGAGGACGAGCUCCAGAACCUCCGUAGGAAGGGCCUCGAGGAUCUCUGGAGGUUACAGAGAGGGAUAUGCAGAAUACGGAGAGGAGUCCCUGGGAUCCUCCCUCCCUCCAAGGACUCCAGCCAGUUCCGAGGGCUCAGCGAGACUCAGCGUUCAUGUGCCCCUGGGGACGUACCAAGAGGACAUGGAUGAGGCGUCAGAGCGGGAAUCCGAAGCGGAUUCAGAGAGGAAGGUUAAAAGGGAAUUGAGGACAUCGGUUGAACCUCAGGGGGAGCCUCGAGGGAGUGGAGAAAGCGAAGAGGGACUGCAGGACGUUCUCCCAGAUGAUGAGAAGGGUGAGGAUGAGGAUGAAGCGAUGGAGGGUGAGAGGAGAUCGACGGUAAUUAAAGUGAAAGUUGAGCCGACUGAAGAGGAGGUGGGAAAUGCCGGAGAGGAGGCGGAGGAGGGGUCACAAAUCGAGGAAGCAUGAAUUAAUGAGGUGUAGGAAUAUUUAUUUAGUUAUGGGACCAGAUGAAGCUUUUUAAUAUCUCAUUUUUACAAGAAAAUUUGCUUUUUUUUUGUAAAAAUGUUGAAUCAUUCUCGCAAACGUUCUGAGGAGCCAAGUUGAUCUGUUCUCUUUUGCCACACAACUGGGUAAAUUAAGUCAUGUUAAAUAAAUCCGACACAACUUGAGUUACAAAUUCACACAAUGAAUAUUUUAUUUUUCUUCAAUGAAUACUUCAUACAAGAUUAAUCAAAACGAUAAAAGAGAUAAAAUGACUAAUGAAAACAUUUGAAAUAUAUCGUGGAAGGGUAAAAUUGUAAAUAUACAAUUAAGGUACAUCGUAGUCAUCGUCCUCACGCUUUCUUUUACCACUCUCCUCCACUUCCAUCUUUAUAACUGACGUACCCUGGGCAGUUCCCAUCGGGAUUUUAGCCUUUGAAGAUGUCGACGUAUUUCCUGAAGAGGCAGAACCUAUAAUCCAAACAUUUAAAUUUAAGAAAUUCCCUUUUUUCCACGCUAUGGGAAGAAAUUUUUGUCGGGGAUGGUUGCGCUUACGAGGAUGGAUCCUC